AGGAUUUGUGUUUCAUCUACCGAAGCUUUGUGGGUUGCAUUCGAGCUUUCUGGUCAUUCAUGUUCUGAGCUUUCUGGGCAUUCUCCAUAUCUGUUGAUGAAUCCAGUGUCGGGCAAUCCAAGGUGAAAUGUGUGUGUCAAUUUCUUCAGGAGCUCAAUGAUGCUGUUAAGGCUAAAUUUAUAGAGGAAUAUCCAGAGGCUUUGAUUCAGACCAUCCCCUCCUUCUUUUCUCAGUUUACCUUGGUUGUGGCCACUUAGCUGGUGGAAGAUUCAAUGGUGAAGCUCGGCAGAAUAUGUAGGGAUGCAAGUGUGCUAUUGAUCUUUGCUCGCUCUUAUGGCCUCACUGGGCUUGUCCGUAUCAGUUUGAAGGCAGGGAGGGUAGUUGACCUGCACAUUCCACGAGACAAGGAAAGUGAUAGGCCUAAAGGUUAUGCUUUUGCAGAAUAUGAAACUGAAGAGAUUGCUGAGUAUGCUGUUAGGCUUUUCUCCGGUCUUGUGACUCUCUACAAUCAAACACUCAAGUUUGCGAUUUCUGGGCAAGACGAGCCUUCACCUAAUGCUGCUUCUACAGUAAUGCCCACAACCAAUUUUUCUAACAAAUUGAGGUCCCCCCCUGUACCUAUUAACAAUGUAGAAAACUUGCAGAAUUCAAUGAGCUUAUCAGCACCCUGCAAAAUUCCAGCUUAUGCAGAAACUUAUCCCUCAGUGCCCAUUCCCCCUGGUGUAAAUAACCAAUCUAAUGGAUUACAUUUGAAUGGCAACAAUUUCGAGUAUAGUCGAAGAGUUAUUAGGGCAACAUUGGAUACCAUUAGUCUCCCUAGGUCACGCCGCUAUGAUAUGAGUAAUCCAAUUUCCUAUCCGUCCUACUAAAAUUAAAGAAUGAAGAUUAUAGAUACCUCCAUGGCUAAUUUUCCUGAUAAAUUAUUAAACUGAGGUAUCUUAUGGUUAGUGGAUGCUACAUUAAGC